AUGCUCCCCUCCCUUGCCCCCGAUUUCCGUCCCACACGCGCAACCUCCCCGCCAACCGCCCUUCAACCUCCCCGCAGUGACCCCGUGCUCCAAAGCAGUGCACCCGCAACGAUUCACGCUACCGCCACUGGCGUUGCUUCCGGCAUCUUCGAUGGCAGCGUGGCGCCGCUGAGGCGACGAGUAUGCUGGACGUCUUCAGGAGACUAUUCCUCAACUUCCCCCUCGGGAGUGGUGAUCCACGGCUCAGGUUGCGCCACGUGUCUGCGCGGGCAGCGCUGCUCCUUCCGCGUGUCCGUGCGCGCGCCCGCGCGAUGGGCGCACGUGCUGGAGGCGGACAAGGAGAGCUGGUGGAAGCGCGAUUUAGCUCUCACUUUAAGAGGCAUCGCGCUAGCUCAUGGGGACAUUAGGUGUCUAGACCCUCCGCAUUGCACGGAAUUCAGAGUGUCGUACCGCGUGUGGGACCUCGGCAAUUACUGGGCGACGCUCCACGUGCUGUGCGCCAAUCUCAACUUCUCCGCCUCCUUCACGCAUCACUUCAACCGCACAUACCAGGACAGCAACCUCCCUUGCUUCCCCCACUCCCCUUCCCUCCCCCCCACCCCGCAGGGCAACGCUGCACGUGGGGAUUGGCCGGACACUCCAUGCAAUGGCACGUCAGUACCAGGGCGAUGGGUGGUGAAGGCAGAUGGAUCACUCAGGUGGGCUUUCUAUCGCUGCGCGGCCCCUGAAAUCCCCCCAUCGGAGUGGAUAGGCGCUCUACACGAGAGGGGCAUUCGGGAGAUCAGCAUCGUGGGGGACAGCCACCAGCGGUUCCUAGCGGCGCACCUGCACUUCCUGCUCACGGCACAGGCGGACAAGGAUGUGAAGCGGUGGCAGGACAACCUUGUGUUUGACGCGCGGGAUAGCAGCAACCGCACGCUCAGAAUCAACUUCUACUGGAUCGAUGGGAUUUACAAGAAUGGGGAGUUCGGCUGCACCCACCGGGGAGUCACAACCAACCGAUCAGAGGAAUUCCCUGAGAUCUCCACCACUGCUGACGUCACGCUCUUUGAAGGAGGCUACUGGGCAGCUUCCUUCUGCCGCCAGCCCCUCAAGGCACUCCGAGUGCACCUCGAGGAGUUUGCUCGCUUGCAGGUGCUACCGCGGGACUCUGAGGAGGAAGGGGAAGGCAUGGAGAGGGCAGGAGAUGAGAGUAAUGGAGCAACGGAGAGCAAAGGAGCAGCAGAUAUAGAAGAGGCGGACGAGAUUGCUGCAGCUGGUGGUGCUGACGGUGGUGCUGGUGCUGGUGAUGGUGUUAGUGGUGGUGGUAAGUCCUACUCAGAAAAGCGGCCACCACCACCAUCACCACGAGCAGCCGCAGAAGCGCCAUCAUCUGAGCUGGCAGCAUUGCCUGUAGGGGCAGCAACAGUGCUGGACACGUGGCAGGUGGAUGCCCCUCGGUAUGCCGACACAGCAGAGCCCCAUGACCAUCAUUACUCGGUGGUGAAACCAACAAAGGAAGGCGCAGUGGUGGUGGGGGAAGUGGGGGAGGCUCAAGUACGCGCCUUCAUUCAUUACCUGCUGCGUGUCAUCUAG